UACCCGCUUGGUGCUACGGCGCAUUUGCCAGUAUCAACCGUCUGCGUUUAUCGACUAUCAUGUAUGCUGUGGCAAAUGUGAUCCAUUGACUUCAAAUACAAAAAUUAUCGUGAUUUUUACGUAAACGUUACAUCAAUAAUCAUGAUGGAUGUGCAGAAGCAGUAUAAAGUGAAGAUUACACGGUCUCUCCGAGGUCUGCGGACUACAGGUUAAGAACCGCUGGUCUGAGGCAUAGUCAAGGAUAAAACAACACGGGUUCAGUCAUGACGCCUAGGAGCGGUGAAGAUAAAAAUCAAACGCCACCGACUUUGCUUUCAAGUUUAAGGAGCGUUCUAUUUGUAAUUGGAACCGUAGUAAUCGGAUUUGCUGCAUUCUGCAAUUCGCUAACAUGGCAUUUACAAAGAUUUUGGGGAGCCUCAGGUGAUUUUUGGCAAGCACAAUGGGAUAAAAUCUUAGAUAAAUUAGGAGAUGAUCCCGGCACGCUUUGGGUUUAUGGCUCGAUAGGACUGACAUUUUUCGUGUACUGGUUCUUUGGCGGGAUUUAUAUGAUUCUAGAUAUAACUAAUCGGCCAGCAGUUUUACGAAGAUACAAAAUACAACCGGGUACGAACGAACCGGUCGACACGAGAGAAUUGUUCAAAGUAAUCGCUCAAGUACUAUUCAAUCAAACUAUUGUUGGACUUCCUCUAGCGUACAUUAGUUAUCACCUUAUGGAAUGGCGCGGUUAUCCCCCUGUACGCGAAUUGCCGACCUUCCACUGGGUACUUGUUGAAAUUGCUUUUCACAUAUUAUGUGAGGAAAUUGGAUUUUAUUACUCGCACAGAUUUCUGCAUAGCCGCUAUCUAUAUAAAUAUAUACAUAAACAACACCAUGAAUGGACAGCUCCCAUAGCUAUAACAUCGCUGUAUUGUCAUCCUUUAGAACACAUUGGUUCCAAUUUAUUACCACCGUUUUUGGGAGUAUAUAUCAUAGGCUCUCAUGUGGCUACUGCUUGGCUUUGGUUUUCGCUUGCUAUUCUUUCUACAUUAAAUGCGCAUUCUGGUUACCAUCUACCGUUUUUUCCAUCUCCAGAAGCUCACGAUUUUCAUCAUUUAAAGUUUAAUCAAUGUUUUGGAGUUUUGGGAGUAUUAGACCGAAUUCAUGGAACAGACACACAUUUUCGAAAUUCCAGAGCUUACCAACGUCAUGUAAUGAUGCUUAGCUUUACUCCUCCAAGAGAAGCUUUUCCAGAUGAAGUAAAAUAUAAAUCUAAAUAAAGAAAGUUUUAUUGAAUAUCGUGAUAAAAAAGUUAAAUAAGAAAGUUUGGUAUAAUAAUAUGUUCAAUAUGAAAUAUAUUAUAAGAUACUUUUGCACUUGUUUUAUUAGUUUUGAUUAAUCAUUUAAAUUUAAUCAGUAAUAUAUAAUAAAAAUUUAUAUUUUUCAAUAAGUAAAUAGGAUUAAAUAAAUAGGAUAUAAUUUUUUUAUUUAGAAACUGCAUAUUUUUAAUUAUUAUGCAAUUUCAGUUAUUAGUUAAACAUAGUGACAUGAAUAUAAUGUAUUAUUAAGCAA